AUGGGGACCUCUCCUUCCUCGUGCUGUGCAUCCAACCUGGGCGAUGCCUCCGAAAUGGUCAAGGACUCCAACGUUCCAGGGCGAUUUGGGAAGGACUCUCACACCUUCGAGAAUGGUGCCACUUACACCGGCGAGUGGAAAGGAACUUGCAGGCACGGCAAAGGCGCGCAGAUUUGGCCCGAUGGUGCACGAUACGAAGGCGAUUGGAUAGAUGACAAGGCCACCGGCUCCGGAAGAUUCGAGCAUGUUGAUGGCGAUGUCUACGAAGGUCAGUGGAGAGAUGACAAGGCACACGGCCAUGGCACCUACUACCACGCUGACGGAUCCAAGUACGAGGGCCAGUGGCAGGACGACAAGCAGCACGGCCAAGGGACCGAGAUGUGGCCGGACGGGGCCAAGUACACCGGGUCCUAUGUGCAUGGCAACAAGUCAGGGCCAGGCCAUUUUGCCUGGGCAGACGGCUCCAGCUAUCAGGGAGAGUUUCUGAACAAUGACAUUCACGGGGCUGGCAUCUACAAGUGGAGCGACGGAAGAAAGUUUGACGGCCAAUGGGCCCGCAACAGGAUGCAUGGAUUCGGGCAGUUCAGCUGGGUGGAUGGUCGCAGCUACGAGGGCCAGUAUGUCAGCGACCAGAAGGACGGCGAGGGAGCAUUUGGGCAUCUCUGCAGGGCAUCUUCAGAUGGCCUGACGGCGACGUGCCUGCACUUAGUGGCCUUUGACGGUGCCGGCCUCCAAAACGUUAGCCGACAGUACGAUGGACAAUGGAAGAAUGGCAAGCAACAUGGCAUUGGCAUCUACUGCACCGCGCGAGGUGACAAGCGCCGAGGUGAGUGGGAAGAAGGACGCCGCACGUGUUGGCUUGGCCCGGCCGAGCAACAAAAGACGGAGAACGACGGUGUUUCUUUGCCAUGGCUCUGUGCUGUUCAGCGCGAAUUCGGCGUUUCCUGCAAAGAGCUGGACACCACUGAAAUUUACCAGGCUAAGAUUACCUGGAAGCUGCGCUACCUGCAUUGGCUCCUUGACUGCGAUUCUAGAUCUGAGAGGAUUGCGCGUUCCGACGUGGCCUUGCCAUUUGCCUGGCCGUCGCACGCAUGGCUACAGAUCUUCAACGGGACUGACAGCACGGACCAGCGAAAGUCGGCAAAGGUCCAGUGCCCGUUGACCCUGACCUGGCGAUCUGACGGGCCUUGGCGCGGGUACGCAUGGGGGCCGGCUGUGGUCGUCGAGGUGAUGAAGUAUGUCCACCUGUCUCUUAUCCUCUCGUGGCCUGCCAAGCUUAAAGAGUGCUGGUAUACUGUCCGACAAGAAGCGAUGGUGGCACUUCAGAAAGCGGCUAUCGGCGGAGAUGGAGGCACGGUAGACGUGGAGACGGACGAUCUUUUCGUCGUCAUAUCACCUGCUUAUGCCUUCUUUCACAAGGCCAUUGAGAAGGAAGGACUAGACGGGGGACUCUGCGAAGUGCUGGACAGAGGCGAUGCCUUCGGCGAAGCAUUCCACCUAUUUGCACAGCAGGUCAAUGUGGCACAGAUCGCCCAGUUCUGUCCGAGUCCUCUGGACAAAGCUCUUGGAAAGACAGCUUACGAGGUGGUAAGAGGGGAGGCCCCGGCUCCCGGUGACUGCGGCGAACAUUUGGAGUGUCAGCAGGCGGCGGACAUGUUCUGUCCCCUCUGCCUGCACUCAGACCACUUGGAAGGCGAGUAUUGGUUUCCUGUUGACAUGAUGGCUGCGACCGUGAUGAAUGCCUUGGCCGCUGGAGUCGGUGUAACUGCUGACCACCUCGAUGGCCUCUCCAAGCGCUGCAAGCACUUCUUUGAAGGGAAGUUCUUCGGGCCAAAGUUCCAUUGA